UGCAUAUUCUUGUAAGUUUCUAUUAGUCAAGAGUCCGUAUUGCAUAUUCAUUAUCCCUGUUAGUAUAGCCAGCUUUGCUCUCCCAUUCCUCACACCGACUUCCUCAAAGCUUCCCUAUAUUCUCUCUGCUUCUCUCCCGAAGCAAGAGAUGUUCCAGCCCACAGAUCUGAGCCUGUCUCCAUUGAAGUCGCUGGCAGGACCUGGAGUUAGGCCAAUCUUGACCAUCAAAGAUACAAUCAAUGGUCGAGAUCGCUUUGCAUCAGUCCACAACAGACCCAUAUUUUCCACCGUGAAAUGUCAUGGUGUUUCCAGCAUGACUGGUUUGGCGCGAACUCGGCCGCGAAUUAUCACUUCAAUGGCAGAAAUGGGCAGAACUCCGCCACGAGGAGUUCCGGCGGCCAAAGGAGCCAGAUCCUCCUUCACGGCGGAAACCGAGAACAGAGCGACCAAGAUCAAAGGGACUGUCGUGCUGAUGAAGAAGAAUGUUUUGGACUUCAAUGACCUUCAUGCAUCGGUUCUUGAUCGUGUGCAUGAGUUGUUGGGCAGAAGGGUGUCUCUGCAGCUCAUUAGUGCUGAUAAUUGUGAGCCCGAAAAUGGGUCGCAGGCAAAAGUUGGAGAGCCAGCACAUUUGGAAGAUUGGAUUACAACAAUCACCCCAUUGACAGCAGGGGAGUCAGCAUUCAAGGUAACCUUCGAUUGGGACCAUAAAAUAGGAGUUCCGGGGGCAUUUACAAUAAGAAAUAAUCAUCACAGUGAGUUCUACCUCAAGAGUGUCACGCUUGAAGAUGUUCCAGGACAUGGCCGGAUCCUCUUCGUUUGCAACUCCUGGGUUUACCCUGCUGACAAAUAUAAGAAAGAUCGCGUUUUCUUCACCAACAAGACAUAUCUUCCAAGUGAAACGCCAUUGCCGCUGCUCAAGUACAGAAGAGAAGAGCUAGUGAGCUUGAGAGGAAAUGGGAAGGGAGAGCUCCAAGAAUGGGACAGAGUGUAUGACUAUGCUUACUACAAUGAUUUGGGAAAUCCUUGCAGGGGUCCAGAAUAUGAACGCCCAGUUCUUGGAGGGUCUAGUGACUACCCUUAUCCUCGCAGGGGAAGAACUGGUCGACCACCAACAAGGAUAGAUCCUAACACUGAGAGCAAGCUGAACCCUCUUGAGAUCCUAAAAGUUUAUGUCCCAAGAGAUGAAAGAUUUGAUCACUUGAAGAUGUCAGACGUCGUUGCUUAUGCACUGAAAAUCAUAGUUCAAUUCCUCAGACCUGAGCUAGAAGCUCCAUUUAACAGCACCCCUAAUGACUUUGACAGCUUAGAAGAUGUACUCAAGCUCUAUGAUGGAGGAAUCGAGCUGCCCAAGGGUUUACUUGAGAAUAUUAGGGAAACCAUCCCUUUAGAGACGCUCAAGGAAAUCUUCAGAACCGAUGGUCAAACGCUCCUUAAAUUCCCAGUGCCUCAAGUGAUUAAAGAUAAUAGGUCUGCUUGGAGGACUGAUGAAGAAUUUGCAAGAGAAAUGCUGGCUGGAGUAGACCCUGUCAUCAUUCGUCGUCUCCAGGAAUUCCCUCCAUCGAGCCAGCUAGAUAGUAAAGUAUAUGGUCAUCAAAAAAGUUUAAUAACCAAGGAGCACAUAGAAAAGUACUUAAAUGGGGCCACCAUCGAUGAGGCAAUCAAGAACAACAAGCUAUUCAUAUUAGAUCACCAUGAUGCACUCAUGCCAUACCUGAGGAGGAUAAACCAGACUUCCACAAAGACUUAUGCCAGCAGGACUAUCCUUUUCUUGAAAGAAGAUGGGACUUUGAAGCCAUUGGCGAUUGAGUUAAGCUUGCCAAAUCCAAAGGGAGACCAAUUUGAAGCCAAUAGGAAAGUAUACACCCCAGCUGAAGAAGGUGCCGAAAAUUGCAUUUGGCAGCUGGCUAAAGCUUAUGUGGCUGUAAAUGACUCUGGCUAUCAUCAGCUCGUCAGCCACUGGUUACAUACCCAUGCAGCGAUUGAGCCGUUUGUGAUAGCGACCAAUAGGCAGUUGAGCGUGCUUCACCCAAUUCAUAAGCUCUUGCAUCCUCACUUCCGUGACACCAUGAAUAUAAAUGCAUUGGCCAGGCAGAUCCUCGUCAAUGCUGGUGGUUCCCUGGAGUGGACAGUAUUUCCAAGAAAGUACUCCAUGGAGAUGUCAUCAGUAGCUUAUAAGAACUGGGUUUUUCCUGAGCAGGCACUCCCUGCUGAUCUCAUCAAGAGAGGAAUGGCAGUUAAGGAUGCGAAUUCCCCACACGGUGUCCGCCUGCUGAUAGAGGAUUACCCUUAUGCUGUUGAUGGGCUGGAAAUCUGGUCAGCUAUAAAACAAUGGGUGGAAGACUACUGCUCCUUCUAUUACAAGACUGACGAAAUGGUUGAAAACGAUUCCGAGCUGCAGUCAUGGUGGAAGGAACUCAGAGAGGAGGGUCAUGGCGACAAGAAAGACGAGCCCUGGUGGCCAAAAAUGCAGACUCGUGAAGAGCUGAUAGAAACAUGCACUACCAUCAUAUGGAUUGCUUCUGCCCUCCAUGCAGCUAUAAACUUUGGACAGUACCCUUAUGGAGGCUUCCCCCUAAACCGCCCAGCAUUGAGCUUUUACUUCAUGCCUGAAGAAGGCACUCCUGACUAUAUAGAGCUUAAGAAUGACCCUGACAAAGCUUACUUAAAAAGAUUUAGUUCCCAACUUUUGACCAUUCUUGGCAUGGCCCUUAUAGAAAUCUUGUCAAUGCACUCAUCUGAUGAGAUUUAUCUUGGGAAAAGAGAUUCUCCUUAUCAGUGGACCUCAGACACAAAACCCUUGGAAGCCUUCAAGAGAUUUGGAAAGAAGCUGGCAGAAAUUGAGGAUAGAAUAACAAGCAGGAACAAGGAUGAGAAAUUACAGAAUCGUGUUGGUCCUGUCAAGAUGCCAUACACUCUGCUCUACCCUUCCAGCAAAGAAGGAUUAACUGGCCAGGGCAUUCCCAACAGCGUCUCAAUCUAAAGCUUUUCUGCAUUGUCUUAGCAGCAGAUUGCUCAAUUCAGUGUCUUUUAGCUUAUUCUUCAUUUGUAAUAAGAAACAUUUAUAUGUUAGAAUAAAAUGAAAAUAGUUCUUCUCU